AUGGAGUUGCGGUCUCGAUCGAGAGCUCUGAAAGUGACGCUGUCGAAAAACCCCACAAUCGAUGGCGACGACACACAACCCGUCGAUGAAAGUUUGGAUGAUUUAGAACAACCGAAGCCGUAUGCAAAACUUGUUGGAGUUCGGAACGGAAUUUCGAAUAUUGAACUUUAUGAUGAGAAUUUUGUAUGCGGAAGAGGUGGACCAGAUUCGCCAGUCAAUUAUAGUUUUUCUGCGCUUGUCAAAGAUCGCGGUUUAUAUAACUAUAUUUCGAAGAUACAAUUCUCGUUAACCAGAGAUUUCAAUGAGAAUGUCACGCGAAUCACUGAUUUAUCAAGAAAUGGAACAUUGAUAAACCAUGAAGAGCUUGAGAAAAAUGUACCAAGAGAAUUACACAACGGCGAUUUGAUAUCGAUCGGCAUUCCAAGACUUAUUGUAUUCGUUUAUGAAGAUAUGACAGAUUGUGAAUUACCUGAAGAAUUAACCAGGAAAUAUAAUGUUACAAGUCAUGCUUUGGGUAAAGGCGGAUAUGGAAAGGUUCUCCUAGGCUAUCGAAAACGUGAUAAAAUGAAUGUCGCUGUGAAAUUGGUGAAUACUCAAUUCUCAAUAAGAUGUAGUCGAGCGGUUGCGAAGAGUAGAGAUAUCAAGAAUGAAGUUGAUGUGAUGAAAAAGCUCAACCACGUGAGUCAUUAAUUUUCUCAACCUUUAAAAAUAUGUAAAGAUUAUAUUUCAGCCAAAUGUUGUCAAAAUCUACGACUGGAUCACAAUCCGCAAAUGUUCUUACAUGGUUAUCGAAUAUGUUGGAGGAGGCGAAUUCUUCUCAAAAGUCGUCGAUCCUCGAUACAAUCGUCUUGGUGUUGGCGAAGUUUUGGGCAAAUAUUAUGCAUUUCAAUUAAUUGAUGCAAUCACAUAUUUGCAUUCUCUUGGAGUUUGUCAUCGAGACAUCAAACCCGAAAACAUUCUUUGCACUUCCAAACAAGAAAGAUGUCUUUUGAAGUUGACCGAUUUCGGGAUGGCCAAGAACAAUACAUCAAGAAUGAAGACGAAAUGCGGAACACCAUCAUAUAACGCGCCCGAAAUUGUGGAAAACGAGGGAAAUGAAUAUACGCCUAAAGUUGAUGUUUGGAGUUUGGGAUGUGUUUUAUUCAUCACAUUUAGCGGAUAUCCUCCAUUUAGUGAGGAAUAUGAUGAUAUGUCGAUGAAUGAUCAAGUUUUGAAGGGAAGAUUGAUUUUUCAUUCACAAUGGAGGAGAAUUACUGUGGAAACACAGGAUAUUAUCAAGCGAAUGUUGACUGUUGAUGUAAGAAUUUUGAAAAUGAGAAAUGGGGGGGGGGAGGGUUCAAAAUGAUCACGUUGAAAUGUUCACGUUUUGAAAUAUACAAAAUUUUCGAGCUGAUAGGUUUCGCAGAUGUUUUUUUUCGAGUUCCAGUCAAAAAAUUGACAAAUUUCAGCCGCACAAACGUCCCACCGCUCAACAACUUCUGGACGAUAAAUGGAUGCAAUGCGCCGAAUCUCGCCGAGCUCGACACGAUGUUUUAGUCGUCACAGAAAAUGAGCGAAAUAAUAAUGGUGGAUCGAAUAGAACAAUGAAGGUUCGAGAAAAUGAAGAAAUCGCCGUGAAACGGGUAAUUUUCAAUAUUUUUCAAAGAAAAAUUGUCAAUUAAUUCAAUAAAAACUCACUUAUUUUCAAUUUUUAGCGGCGAAUCAAGUGA